CAAUAAAAAUAUUGACCAGGCAGCGUAAGCAUAAUAUCAGGUCGUGAUCCGAUUUGAAGUCGCGAGGAGAGUCAGACAUGUUCCUCGAGAAAGACUGAUGAAAAACUGAAUCAUUAUGUAUCAUGCACACAAGAUUUAGGGAUUGGGUCUUUAGUGUUAUGCGUAAAUAUCACUCAAGUAAAUCAAUGCAAUUUAAUAGGGGGGAAGUGAAUGUAAAUAUAAUUGCAUUAAUGUCACAAAUAGGGUGGGGCGUCAAAAUAAGAAUCACAAACUAUUGGCUUUAUUGACCCAAUAUUUGGGUGUCCUGUGAUGAAAUCUUUUGGAAUUUAAUUUAUUUCUUCAAUAUGUGUGUUGGGGCAAUCAAAAUAGAGAACGGAAACGUAUUUUUAAUUUCAAAUGACAAAGUUAUAAACCUUUAAACUACAAAGGCUACUGUAAGAAAUCUAAAGGUUUUCAUCCAAAGAUGGCGGACAGGAACAUAACUUUUGUAAAGUGUGGAUUUGUCUAUUUUAGGAAAAUAAAGUUUAAUUGAAAAAAAAAUGACAUUGUAGCUUUUUAAAAGUAUACCAAAAAGGCCAAAUAUUUAUAUUCAAUUUAAAAAAUUUAAGACAUAAUGACGUAAUUCCUUGUGUGGCGUAAUUAAUUGUGUGACGUCAUAAAAGCUUUGUUUAUAGAGUAACUACAGAUAUUCAGAAAUGGAUGAACAAGUCAGUGAGAAAAGCAGAGAACCCGGCAACGGAGAAGCGACAAGCAAGGAGGAGGACAAGAGGGAAGACAAUAGAGGCGUAGAUGAUAAUAAAGAUCAUUGCAAGGAGGCAGUGAUUGAGGAAGGAGAUGAUCAUGAACUCUCAUCAGAUGAUAGUUACGUCACCUGUGUAGAAGUUCUAAGCGAUGAUGAGAGCAAAACAGCAAAAGACAAUGGAAUCACUGGGGAGGAAAGUGCUGGCUCCACCGCUAGUUAUGAGCUUGGUGAAUCAAGCAAUGAAGAGUGUGGAACCGGUGGUGAAAAGGGGGGUGAGGACGGAAUACAACCGAAAGAAAUGCCCAUAAAGGGAAUUCUUGCAGUUAAACUAAAGACCGAAAAGAAGAAUGUACAAAGCGAUUUUCUCGAAGUACGACCUGUAAAUAUUGGUAUGGUUACAAGGAACAAGAGCGUGACCCUUAAUGUCAGAGAGAAGGACUCAAAGAAAAAAGAGCGAGAUGAUGUCCCCCCAAAAUCCUGCAUGGUGGUCGAGUCUAAAAAUAAAAAAGAAGAGCCAAAAACCGCCUCCCCUGGGGAAGAGCUCCUGGAAAAUAUACAUGUAGAGGCCGGCCUUCAAGAAGACAUUAAAUUCACAACAAAACGAGGCGACCAGCACAGGUCACAUUUCCGACACCAGCAGACUGUGGGCCAGAUAGCAGAAUCCAGAGAGUGGCACCUAGAUACGGAUGAUAUCCGGUACGGGGUUCACAGAACCUACUCGGACCAACCCCCACAAGAAGAACCGGGUUGCUGGACCAUAUGCAAGGUGUUGGGAAUGGACCUGUGCUGCUGUUGCCUCUGCACGUCGCCCCCAGAUCCAUAUUUUAUAGAGGAGGUAGAGGAUGAUAAAGAGGCAAAUUGGCAAGAGGAAAGGAGUGAAAAUGGACAAAUCAAACCAGAUGGCAAAGACUUGGAGGAUAUCUCGUUCACUGCUAACUUAGUAGAGACUAAGCCAAAACGUAGGAUGAAGAGAAUCAGGCGCUUUUUUAAACGUCUUUUCUGCUGCACAUCAGGAUGUCGGGAGGAUUAA